AGCCCAAGAGUGAGGAACAAAUCAGCAGCAGCACUGCGCCCCUCUUCUUGAAGAGACGUGAAACAAUUCAGUCUCCGCCACCGCAGACCAGCCCGUGAAGGCAAGGCCAGGAAGGGAUACAGGGUUCUAGAGAACCAGGGCCUCUCCGCCAGCUCCAGCCGCUAAGCAAACAUUCCCUCCUGGAGUCAGAGAAGCCGGUGUGCGAGGGGAGGAACCAGCCUGAGGUUUAUCGCUCCAGCAACUCCGGGUGAUUCAUAGAGUUUAGGCUCCCAGUUGUCUUACACCGGGGCAGGCACGCAAACAAGCAGCUCGGGAGAUACCCACCCUUUUCCCUGCCCCCGCUCCUCCACCUUGCUACCCCCUAGCCCGCGACCAGCUACCUCCCCUCCCCCUCGCGGGCGCUCGGGGUUGAGCAAACACCGGCCGCCCGCCCCGCCUGCCCCGCCACCAGCUGGAUCCGACCGGCGCGCCGCUGGCGAUCCCCCAGGCAACUCGGCGUCACGAGAACAGGCACCCCGAGACUCGGCGCCCUGCCCUCCCUCCGCGUCCCCAGGGCCCCGGCCAGACCUAACAACCUCUCCCUCCUCCGUGCGCCUCGGCCCCUACGGGCCUCUGGCGCGGGCUAACUAGGCCUCGCGGCCGGUCCCUGGGACGGCGCACCCCACCCGCCGCGAGGCCAGCAGCCCCGGGGGAAGGCGGCCGGAAAAUCUCCUCUUGUUUACGGGGCUGGAGAAGUCCCAGCCUAGAUUCGCUUCCCAAUUUCUGCGGUCCACCUUCAGCAGAUUCCUGGGGCCGGAGGGGAAAGGGUGGCAACCCACAGAUCCACCCCGGGACAGGGAGUGGGGGUGGGGCUGGUGGGAACCUGACCUCUUGGAAAGGUCCCCCGGCUGCUGGAGGGGACGGACUCGGAGUCAGAGCCGACGUGUCCCGGAGCGCAGAGACCGAGGGGGCCGCGCUAAACACUGUACCUCGGGGAACAAAACCGUGAAGGCUAAUUAGGACAAGUCGGAGCAGGGAACCGGGACGCUGGGAGGGGAGCGCGCGCUCCGAAUUGGGCAGAACCUGGAACGGUCGCAGGAAAUCCGGGCGCGGGAUAGUCGGGCCCAGGGCGACCUUUGCCCACGGUGCGGAGUGGCUCUGGACUCGGCCCACGCGUGAGGGGAGCACUUGGUAACGAUCCCACGUACGCUUUGUGACCGGUGGGGGUUCCCAGAGAAGGACCGCGCGUGCAAAAGGCGAACCUCGGUGUGUCCACGUGUGCAAGCUGGGGAGGGGAGGGGACGCAGAAGGCGUGACAAAAAGACGGACUCUGUGUCUUGAGUGUGCGCCUCGCACCGGCCCGCUCCCAGCGAACUGUGCCCUAAGUGUGUCUCACGGGAGGGCCAGGACGAAGGUGACAAAGGCUAGGUGUCCCCCACGGAGACGCGUCAAGGUAUCCCCACGCGUGUCCGUACGGGCGCUCUCUGGGAGACGCGGUGGGGGUUGCGCAGGGCUGCACCCCCACACCGCUUGCCCCGGAGAAGGCCGAGCCCAGAAAGUGAGUGCGCGUGAGUGUGCGCGCGCCCGCGUGCGGGGGCGUGGCAGUCAACAGCAACAAACCACACGCCGGCAGGGCCAGAAACUCCCAUCUCCCUCCCUAGCCGGAAAGUGCGAGUCGGCCCAGCCUGGAGGUGAGUCGGGGCGGGGAGGCCCGGGCAGGCUUUGUUCCUGUGUAAACGGAGCGCACGUACCUGGAGCGCGACGGGCGCCCGAUAAGCGCCCUGAAUGGAGGUGAUGUAACGGUGAUGCAGGCGCCAGCCCACCCUCGCCGACAGCAAGGAGUCCUGCCUGGGGACAGGCCCGCGCGAGAGCGAGCGACCCAGCGCGCCCGGCUCAGCCUCGGUCCCGGGGAAAGGCAGGCCCUGCGUCCCGGCCCGGGUCCCGCCAUCCCAGCCAGGACCGGGCCUGGCCCAGCGCUCCGCGCCGAAUCCCUCCCACCCCCGCCCGCCGCCCGCCUGGGGCUGGAGUUGGCCCCAAAGGCUGUGCAGGAGCGGGGCCCGCGGCGAGUCCCAGGGACCCAACCAGAGCCUGGCCUGGGAGCCAGGAUGGCCAUCCACAAAGCCUUGGUGAUGUGCCUGGGACUGCCUCUCUUCCUGUUCCCAGGGGCCCGGGCCCAGAGCCAUGUCCCACCCGGCUGCAGCCAAGGCCUCAACCCCCUCUACUACAAUCUGUGUGACCGCUCUGGGGCGUGGGGCAUCGUCCUGGAGGCCGUGGCUGGGGCGGGCGUCGUCACCACGUUUGUGCUCACCAUCAUCCUGGUGGCCAGCCUCCCCUUUGUGCAGGACACCAAGAAACGCAGCCUGCUGGGGACCCAGGUGUUCUUCCUUCUGGGGACCCUGGGCCUCUUCUGCCUCGUGUUUGCCUGCGUGGUAAAGCCCGACUUCUCCACCUGUGCCUCUCGGCGCUUCCUCUUUGGGGUUCUGUUCGCCAUCUGCUUCUCCUGUCUGGUGGCUCACGUCUUCGCCCUCAACUUCCUGGCCCGGAAGAACCAUGGGCCCCGGGGCUGGGUGAUCUUCACUGUGGCUCUGCUGCUGACCCUGGUGGAGGUCAUCAUCAAUACAGAGUGGCUGAUAAUCACACUGGUUCGGGGCAGUGGCGACGGCGGCCCUCAGGGCAACAGCAGUGCCCACUGGGCCGUGGCCUCCCCCUGCGCCAUCGCCAACAUGGACUUUGUCAUGGCGCUCAUCUACGUUAUGUUGCUGCUGCUGGGUGCCUUCCUGGGGGCCUGGCCUGCCUUGUGUGGCCACUUCAAGCGCUGGCGUAAGCACGGGGUCUUCGUGCUGCUCACCACGGCCACCUCCAUUGCCAUAUGGGUGGUGUGGAUUGUCAUGUAUACCUACGGCAAUGAGCAGCGCAACAGCCCCACCUGGGAUGACCCCACGCUGGCCAUCGCCCUUGCCGCCAAUGCCUGGGCCUUUGUCCUCUUCUACGUCAUCCCCGAGGUCUCUCAGGUGACCAAGGCCAGCCCAGAGCAAAGCUACCAGGGGGACAUGUACCCCACCCGGGGCGUGGGCUAUGAGACCAUCCUGAAAGAGCAGAAGGGUCAGAGCAUGUUCGUGGAGAACAAGGCCUUUUCCAUGGAUGAGCCGGCUGCAGCUAAGAGGCCGGUGUCACCAUACAGCGGGUACAACGGGCAGCUGCUGACCAGUGUGUACCAGCCCACCGAGAUGGCCCUGAUGCACAAAGUCCCAUCCGAAGGAGCUUACGACGUCAUCCUCCCACGGGCCACCGCCAACAGCCAGGUGAUGGGCAGUGCCAACUCGACCCUGCGGGCUGAAGACAUGUACUCGGCCCAGAGCCACCAGGCGGCAACACCGCUGAAAGACGGCAAGAACUCUCAGGUAAGCGAACUGACCCAGAGAGGUCAGGCCAACCCCAACCAGGUUUUCCUCAGACUCUGACGUCCAGCAGCCUUUCUCCGUGGCCCACCCUGGGCUCAGUCCCCGCAAAGUAAAACGAGAUGGUAGAAGCCCUCUUCCCGGGACCGCACGGCAUCCUGAUCCUCAUUCCUCUGUACCCAGGCUGGGCUGGGCCCAGCACCUUUCCUGUCCUUGUCAUUGGAGCUGGGAGGGGCCAGAGGCCACCGACCUGAAGCAGUGGACCGAGUGGGCCCUCAUGAAGCCCUGAGUGUGUGACUGGAGCGCCUAGGGCCACCUCCCUUUCCUGCCCAGCCCAUCUUCCUGGUUCCCAGGUGGCUGCAGCUGCAAGGAGCUGUCCGCAGGCCCCCAGGCUGCCUCCAACUCCCCUCUUGACACCCCCUGCCCUUCACCAAAUCAUAGCCCCUGUGUCCCCAGGCUGUGGUUCUUCAGAUUGCCAUCCUCCCCUCUGUGAACAACGGGCCUCAGUGCGCCGUCUUGACUCUGGACCUUCCUGGCCCUGCCAUCUUGGUGUCCGGCACUGGCUUGUCUCGCCCUCUGCCUAGAUGGAUCUCCUCCAUGAGUCUUUGAGGCCAAGCCAGGGCAGCAGUUGGCCCUUGCCCUUCUCACCAGGGCCUCCUGCCACCACCUGGACUGUGGAAGGCCACUGAGAUGGGGGCAGAGCUCAGCCCGAGGCUUGGGCACACUGCUUCUCUCCACGGCCUAUGGGUCCCGGAUCUGAACCCACUUGAGAGCCACUUGAGAGCCCCUGAGCCAUCCCCAUCUUCCACGAAGUGGGUCCCACCAGCAAGCCAGGGCCAGCCCUGCCUGAGCUCUGCCCCCAGUGCCCCUCACCGUCUGGGACGAGGAUGAGCAUGCUGGGAUGAGGGCUCUCUUUAUCCAGCAGUGCCUCAUGGACAGCUCACUAAGGAGUUGGGAAUGGCCGGCCACCCUGGCAUCUGGGGUUCAAGGUGGCUCCUGUGGCAGGAACAGGUGUCCGUGACCCUGAUUACCUGGAUCUCACAGGUUCUGGGAAUGCAGUAGGGGCCUGCUGUGGCUAUUCCAACAUCUCUGGUCAGGGCCUGGAAGUACCCUUAGGACACGUGGGGUUGGGGUUCAGACUGCAUUCUCAGGGACCAGUGGAGAGCCCUGGACCAGAUGAACUGGAGUCUAGGCCUCUCUCGUGACUGGGACUUGUGGGACGUGGGAGGCCCAUGAGACCCAGGACUAAAGAUGAUGCUAUUUCCUGAUGGGCAGAUAUGUAAGUAGGUAAGUGGGAUCCUCAGGUAAGUGGGAUCCAGGACUAACGACUGCUAUUUCCUGAUGGGCAGAUGUGUUGAGUUUCUACCUCAUCUUGAGCAGCACCUGGAUGUGCUGGCGCCGGUUCAUCACUGGAGGAGCCUCUUGUGUUCUGAGCCCUAAGACAUGCUCCAGAGGAUCCUGACGGUCACCCAGUGAAGAGGGUGCCUUCUCAGGACCUCCAUGGUGCUGGCACCGAGGAUGGAGAUGGGCACAGCUCCAGGCUUGUGGAAAUGAGCUCUCUAUAGCAUUGUCUUCCUGGGGUUUUUCCUGCCCUUAUCCAAGGUGGGCCCUAGAGCUCAGUCCCCAGCCCAGCAGCACCUCUAGGUGCCAGGGUGGAGGGUGACGACCAGAGCAGCUCUCUGGGGGGGGGUGCCCUGUAGUCCGUCCCACAGCCCUCCGGUGCUACUCCCAUCCCCAGCAGCCUGUGCCUUUGUCACUGGCGUACUUUUCCAGAGCUAAAUUGGGCGCGCAAUCCCUGCAGAGUAGGACUGCAGCCCUGACUGUGGCCCCUGGCCUGUCUUUGUUGCUUGCUGAAGUCCAUGAACAGAGUGUUGUUUCCCUCCAGUGGAAGGGAAGCAGGGAGCUCUGUGGACUUCACACUGCGCUUGGUCUAGCUUAGCAGCCCCGAGAUCCCUUAGUGAAUCGAGGCGCUGUGUUGCUUUCCUAUGUGAUAAUUUCAAAGGAGUCCCUGGCAGUGCCUGUUGCCCAGAGGCUGCAGUCUCCAGUGGACGCGGGUUUGUGUAUAGCCUGAGUCCUCUGGGGGCUCAGCUCGUGAGGCUCAGGGUGGGAUGGGCUCCUAAAAGAUGCAGGCCUGCCUGUAUUCAGGAGUACCCACCGGCCCUGCUUACUCCUGCCCGGGCCAAGUGGAGAAGUUAGAUGAGUUCUUAGGAGGAGAGAGGUAGCUUCUUUGAGGUGGUCGAGUGGCAUCACAAACAAGCAUUGAAUGGAAGAAAACUGGAAGAGGCAGAGCCUAUCGCAGAUUCACCAUCAUCCAGCAACACCGUGGGAAAUCUCACACCCACCACUGUCAAACCGAGGACUUUGGACUUCCUAACUGCUCAGAAUUAAAUGACCUUACCCUCCGUGGGUGAGGGCUUACUGCCACUGAA